AUGGCUCAAGCUGAGUUUCCUCGAUCUUCUUUUCCUAAUUUACUUUUCACAGGAACUAAAGAAACUAAAGGAACUAAGAGAACUAUGAGAACUCAACCUAAAUAUGAACAAGAUGAACAAGAUGAUGCUCAACUACUGAGAGUGAGCUUCCAGCCUGCUUCUUUCAAAGAUGUUAUUCCCGCCCUACAGGGCUCUGUUCCGGAAGAAUAUCUUCUUCCUGAAAUCAAUCGCCAUAAAGUCGGAAACCCAGAUUUUCAAGUUGACAAGCUCGAUAAGGUUUCGAAUCGAGUUAAAACGUUCAUUGAUAAAAUGCGUAUCGUUGUGGAGAAUGAAAAGGAUACAACAGGCACAGACUCUAAUAUUGACACAUUGGUGGACGAUUUGCUUCGUAUUGCCGAUUUGAAUUGCUGGCCCUUAAAGAUACUAAAUCAUCCGCUACGCAGAAUAAUCAUUAAAGGAAAGCCUUUCGCUUCAGCAGACCUCGACUUUGUGGUUACUAAUCAAAACCUAAAUAUGGUGGUUAUAGAGGAUAAACAUAUUAAAAACGUCCAUUCAUCAAAUGGUUUUGGAGAAACACUAAUUGCCGCAAAUAUUAUUGCUUGUGGAGAUGAGGAUAUACGUGACACUGAUAAUGAGAAACCUAUUGAUAAGACCAUAUUUGCCAUGCGCGUUAUUUCAACGUAUGUGACAUUUUACAAGGCAGAGAUCCCUGCAAAAUAUUGGUCCGAACUUAGUCAUGGUUUACCAAAAUCGGAAGUUAUUAUUAAAAGAUGGCCAGGAGAAAAUGCUAAGCGGAAAGGUCUGGAUUUAGUAGAACCAGAUGGGAGAUGA